AUACAAAAGACUGUCCUUUCCUGUCGCUGUUGAGGGAGUUUUGUCAGUCUGGCAGGUUCUGCGAAUGCUGCGCCUCCGUCUUUUGUGCUGGCUUUGCAGAAUUGUGGCUUUGCUUUCUCUGGGGCAAAAAACUUGGAACUACAGAAAUAGUUGUACAUCGUUUCCCCCCUAGAUUUGUCUAAUAGUAAGACCUCUAAGGUUUGAGUGACAUCUCUGUGGAAGUAAUGCAGUUUGUUUAGAUGCUAGCAGGGUACAAAGCAACUUACAGGCAGCUUUCACGUUUAAGGUAUUUGUAGUGUCCUUAUGGAAGGAACGAGGGGAUGGGAAUCUUCCUCUUAAACUUGAAGGUGUUUAGGAUUGUGUUUCCUGUGAUUUGCACGUCAGAUUCAGUCAGCUGUAUACUUUGGAAGCCUUCAGCAAGGUUUGGAGGUUGCUGCUUUGCAUGCAGACUGAGCACAGCUGUUCAGAGGACUGGAGUGUGGCAGGCACGCUCAGGCGGCCCAACUGGGACAAGGAGGGAAAGAGGUGUAAGAGCCCUGAUCUUGCAGCAGUCAUUUCCAUCUUCCCCAUGCCCCAGUACUUUCUCUUUUGUAAGAAAGUGCUGUAAAGGGCUGGGUGUUUGUAGGGUAACAAAGUCUUGAAAGUAAAUGCUUUUUUUUUUAGGGAAAAUAAGCUGAAUUUGGCCCUAGAAGCAAGCCACACAGCAAUAAUCAUAAAUUAAUGUAUUACCUCAUUAGAUAAUGUUUUUCUUUCUAACUGCAUUCUCAGUGCAAGUCAGAAUGCCUACUGCUUCAUGCGCACAUCCAGAUUUACACCUUUACUGUCUUUUGAAGUUGAGAUGAGAAGAUGGAAGAAACAAAUAGGAUGUCCUAAAUACCUCAUAAAAAGUAGGAGACAGGACACAGGAAGAGUCCACGUACAACCUAAGACCAUGGCAGCACACUGGAGAAAAGUCCUGAUAAUAUGUGUGACAGCUCAAGUACUACUUGUGAAUGCCUUUGAGGAAGAGGAUGUACCUGAGGAAUGGAUUCUUCUUCAUGUUGUUCAAGGUCAGAUUGGAGCAGGAAACUACAGCUAUUUGAGACUAAAUCACGAGGGAAAGAUAGUCCUUCAGAUGCGAAGUUUAAAAGGUGAUGCAGACUUGUAUGUAUCUGAUGUGACACUUCACCCCAGCUUUGACGAGUAUGAGUUACAGUCUGUAACCUGUGGCCAAGACAUGGUGCACGUGCCUGCACACUUCCGCCGCCCCGUGGGAAUAGGGAUUUACGGCCAUCCCUCUCACCUGGAGAGUGAGUUUGAAAUGAAAGUGUACUACGAUCGAACAGUUGUACAGUACCCAUUUGGUGAGGCUUCUUAUAACCCUGAGGAGAUGGAGGCAAACCAGAAAUACUCACAGUCUGCAGAAGAUGAAUCUCAGGAUGAGGAGUCUGUUUUCUGGACUAUACUUAUUGGAAUAUUGAAAUUAAUACUUGAAAUUCUUUUUUAAAUUGUUACACACUGGACUAAGUCACACUUCAGCCUGUGGAAUUGAGUACGAAUGACAUGCUGUAAUAUUUAAUACUCUUUGUUAUGUUUCCUGAAGAGGUAUUCAGGUUACAUUUCCUAAACCAGAAAGGAGGCGGGGAGAAAAAGCCAUAUUUAAUUUUAUAUUGUAAAUCCUCCCCUAUAUGUAAAAUGAGCAGCAAGCACAGUAUUUGCAGUGCUCUUCAAAGAUCGGGGCUUAAAAAUGAAUGUAUAGUUGGGAUCUUGUUAACUUCACUUUUAAAUAGGUGCUUAGGAUGAUCAACUCCAAUUCAGUAUUUUCUAUUGUUUUUUACAAAGAAAAAUGAAAUUCCUGCACUUCAGUCCCCCUCUCAAUUUAGAGCAUAUUUAAAAAUAAAACCUGCUGCUUUUUGAGCAAAUAUCUCCAAUAAAACUAAUUAGCAAUGGGUUUGUGUGUAUUCAUCAAGUUGAGGAGCCUAGGGCAAAGGAAGGAGAAAACAAUCAAUCACCUAAGGGGAUAGGUGGUCUGUAUUUCGGCUGUGUGUGCUCUGCAUCACGUGAACCAUCUGUCAAGCAGAGAUCUAUCCAGUCACUGCAAAUCCAUGGCCUGCAUCAAGUGCAUGUUGCUUCUUUGCUGUUACUGUAGGGAGAGGGAGCCUUCAGCUGUUGUUACUUGUCAGUAUGACAUUUUCAUCUCUCAUUAAAAACAACACAGCAUAUAGUAUCUCGAACUUGAGGAGUGCUUUCUUACACUUCCCUUUAUAGCUUUUUGUGAUUGAUCUCUUUUUUUUAGCACAUCUUUAUGCAUAAGUCAUUAGCUUGCAAAGAAAAUUUCUGCUGAAAGGAAGAAGGUCAUGUCAUACCCACUCUUCCUCUAAAGCUACUUUUCCCAAGAAUAUUUUUUCUUUGGCUGAGUCUUUCAAAAUAACCAGUUGCUAUGCAAAUAGAGUAUAUUUAAAAUGAUCUGUAGCUUUCUUUUCAUGGAGCUUACUGAUGAGUGCACUAAAAUAAACAAGUACAUUACUAUAAUUUUAUACAAAUGAUGGAUGUACAAUUUAAAUUUCAUUCUGAAAGACUUCUAUUUUGGAGUGGAAAUUUGGUUUGUCUAUCUCGACAUCUGAUAGGACGUGAUUAGUGACUUGUAUCACAAAAAAUAAUUAUAUAUUAUUUAAAAGUUUAUUUGGUAAAAAGAAAAAGUGGUAUUGUUCCUCUUAGAGUGGUUGAUUAAAUAGCACCAAAGUAUCACUUUAAUUUGUGCAUUUAAGUUUUGGAGAGCAACCUUUUGGGGUUUUUUUAGCCCUCUUUGCUGUUUUUCCCCCUUCUUCCUCCUCUUCUGGGUACAGGAGGUUCUUUUUGACAACAAUCACAAAUCCAGCGACCUAAGAAAAGAAAGUUAUCAAUUAUUGGGAAACUAAGUUUGUUACUCACUCAUCUAGUUAUGCACCUUUCAUCAUUCUAACAGGCGCUUAUCUAUUUACAGUACUUCCUUUAAUGCAAACAAGCAAUGCUUUUCUUUAAAAUUAAGCCUCUUUUCUGUAAAGCAGCAUAUACAAUUCAUGCUCCCUUGCAGACUCCUUACGUGUAACCACUGGCUACACAAAUCCUUAUGGACCUCAAGAAGUGUCAGCACUACCAAGGACAUGGUUAUUAGAUACGACUUGACAAACAAUGCUCAAGUUUGCCAGUUUUACUUUCAGGUGAAUGACUAUAGUUCAAGGUUAUGGGAAGUUACCCAGAGCAGAAACGAAUGGCACUUGGGGAGGCAUUUAACUGUUUAUAUUACAAAGAGCUGGAACCAUAAAGGCUGCUUUGGUAAUUUUAUAGUUUUUUAGACAUAUGAUCUAUUUUGUUUACAUUCUUAGGUCAGCCUGAAAGUGAAAUCAACCGCAGAACGUGUACUAAAGUGACAACUAAUGCCAGUGCUUCCUACAAUGGGACUGGACAGCAUUUUUGAAGUAGUAUACAGGGUGUAUUGUCACUGCCACUGAAUACCUAUUCAUAAACUUACUUACCAUGGAUUUAGUAUUACAUGUAAAGCAACAUAGCACCUGUUAUUUUCUUUCUACAGCCUUGAGUUAGCCAGGUGAUAGGAGUGACUGGGUAAUUUAAAAGUACAGGCUGCCUGCCUGCCUGCCUGCCGUAGACGUACUUCAGUUAGAGCUUUGAAGUUUAAGUAAAAAAGGGAAGGAUAGGGUUUAAAGAGGUGUUUACAAAUACUGAAACUACAUUUGAAUUUAGAAGCUGAAAUAGCUGCACCAACAAUUAAUGUGAAAGCUACACUCUAGCAAUAUGCAGCAAUACAGUCUCUUUUACAAGUUUCUUUCAUUAAAAGAGGUAAUUACCCUCAGUGUUCUGUGGAUAUGGAAGAAAAUAGUUCUGAGUGAGCCUGUUUGGUUUAUGUUGUAAAAGCCCAUUAUAUUUCCUUUACAGGAAUUGCCAGGUUAAACUGUGCACAACCAAAUAUACAGAAAUAAAGCAUAUUAAAAAAAUCA